GCGGAGGGGCGGAUACCGCGUUCUUCUUGGAGCCUAGAGAAAGCUUCCUGCAGGAGGCAACCUGGGAGCUAAGUUGUUUACAGUGACUGGGGGUUAGCUGAGGAAAAAAGGAAGAAGACAGAGCAUUCCAAGCUUUGGGACAGUCACGUGUGUCCCAUCCGACAAGAUCAAAGCUGCAAGAGAAUGGACAGUGAAGUACAGAGAGAUGGAAGGAUCUUGGAUUUGAUUGACGAUGCUUGGCGAGAAGACAAGCUGCCUUAUGAGGAUGUUGCAAUACCACUGAAUGAGCUUCCUGAACCUGAACAGGACAAUGGAGGCACCACAGAAUCUGUUAAAGAACAAGAGAUGAAGUGGACCGACUUGGCCUUACAGUACCUCCAUGAGAACGUUCCCCCCAUAGGAAACUGACUCCUGGCUCCUUGUUCAUCAACAGAUUUUUUUUUUAAAUACAGAUACAAAACAUUUUCUUUCUGUCUCCAACUUAAAUCUUUUAGUGAUAGAUUAACACUCAAAAAUGUGCAACUAAUUUUGUGGCAGCGAGAUACAAUGUGAAAAUACUCCAUCAGGUUGAGAAGCUGAUUGCAGUUUCUUAGGGAUGGAGAACAUCUGGCCCUUUGAACCUGAAGUUCUUCAUUGACUAGCUUGUGUUUGAACAUGAUUCAUUAAACAUUUGCCUUUAAUUCUG